AUGGCUCGCCAACUUUCCCUCGUGGCGACCCUUCUCGCAACUCGGGUGGCUGCCCACGGCUACAUCAACACCUUCACCCUAGACGGUGAAGAUUACGAGGGUUUCAGCCGCUGGAACCCUUCUCCCGACCCCAACGCCAUCGGCUGGAGCUUCACUACCGAGGAUGAGGGUCCUGAGCUGGACUUUAGCUCCCCCGACUUCAUCUGCCGCCGCGGCGCCGAGGCCUCCAGCAACUACGGCACCAUCGCAGCCGGUGGCACCGCCUCGUUCUUUUGGACCUCUGACGACAAGGUCAUCAACCCCAACGGUUGGGCGGAAUCGCACCGCGGACCGGUUCUCACCUACAUCGCGCCCUGCAACGGCGACUGCGCCAGCGUCGACAAGACAUCCUUGCGCUGGACCAAGAUCGCCGAGUCCGGCCUGGCCUCGGGCCCAGCCAACACCCAGGGCAUCUGGGCGACCGACGUGCUGCGCCAGAACGGAGGCAUCAACACGGCCACCAUCCCCAAGUCGAUCGCGCCGGGCAAGUACGUGCUCCGCAACGAGCUCAUCGCUCUCCACCGCGCCCACAUCAACGAGCCCGAGUUCUACAUGCAGUGCGGCAACAUCGAAGUCACGGGAAGCGGUACCGAUGACUUGUCUGGCUCUGGGGUCCCGGCCGGCGAGCUUUACAGCAAGAGCGAUUCCCAGCUGUUCGGCUUCUCAGUCUACGACAGCCGUGACAACGAAUGGCCGAUCCCCGGGCCGGCUCUGUACGAGGGAUCGUCGGCGCAACAGUCGGGUGACUCGGAAGAUUCGGAAGAUUCGGAAGAGUCGGAAGAGUCGGAACAGGCGGAGCCCUCCCCCUCCCCAGCGCCGCGACCGGGCAAGCCGGGCAGCGCACGAUGCCGGCGUUGGUGA